AUGCUGGUCGGCUUCUUCGCCCCCGCAGCGGUCGAGGAGUAUGCCACGCAGGCCGUGGACUUCAAGCCCACCAAGCUCUCCCUGGACUCAUUGACGAAGACUGGAGUCAGAGUACAAGUUGAGGGCGACUUUAAGUUGGACGCUUCCAAAGUUAAGAAGAAGUCGACCCGGGAUAUCGGGAAGUUUGGGACAUGGAUCGCGAAAGAGGUUGAAAGCGGACCAUCCGACGUCGAGGUGUACCUUCCAGAGUACGGAAAUAUCCUAGUCGGGACUGCGAGGAUACCCGGGAUCAAGGUCAACAUUCGAAAUGGACAUACCACUCAUGUCUCUUUCUUCGCGAACUUGGUACCUGGUUCUUUUGAUGGAAUCCGCAAUAUCGCCAAUGACUGGAUGGAGGGUCGUCUGGGCCAACUGCGAGUAAAAGGCAAGGCUAGAGUGCCCUUGAAGUCUGGCAUCUUCCAUUUGGGUGACCAGAUCAUUGAAGAAUCGAUGCUCUUUGAAGGAAACGACGUUCCUUCGCUUCCUCGGUACGAUAUCAACAAACUCAAUCUCCGAGAAGCCAAUAAUGGAUCCAAAGGGAUGGGGGCAGAUGUCUCCGUCACGGUGAAAAACGAUUAUCUUGUCGACUUUAUCGUGCCGCCUGUUUCGGUGGAUGUUAUGGUCGAUAACUGCAUGCCAACGGAUUCAUAUAUCAAGGUCGGCGAGGCAGAGACUACUCCACUGCACGUCGAACCGAAAACAGAUCUCGAAGUCAAUGUUACUGGCAGUGUCGACUCACUGCCCGAUGCCCUCACCUCCGCAUGCCCGAACUCACUCAAGUCACCUCUAGAUACCUUUUUAGGCAAAUAUAUCCACGGAGAGGAUGCCACAAUUUAUAUCAACUGUUGCAAAUUCCCGGACCCCAAGACGCCUCAGUGGACCCGAGACCUUCUCAAAGAUAUCACCGUUCCACUUCCAUUUGCAGGAAAGAGCAUGGGCCAUCUGAUCAAGAACUUCUCUCUCGAAGAUGUCAAAUUCAGCCUCCCUGAGCUUUUUGCUGACCCUGGUACUCCGGAGUCACAGCCACAAAUUUCCGCUACCAUCAAAGUGUUGGUGGGACUCCCAGAAGAGAUGAACUUCCCACUCAAUGUUAGCCGCGUUCGAGCGAUCGCGGACGUGUUCUACAAGAAGAGGAAGCUAGGCAUAUUGCAUCUGGACAAAUGGCAGAAGGCUAGCUCCUCAAGGAUUGAUGGCCAUGACGAUGAGGGAGCCUCAUUACUAGUCGAAUCGGCCGUAAAAAAGGCCCCAUUGGAAAUCACCGACGACGAUUUGUUCAGCGAGGUCGUGUCAGCUCUCAUCUUCGGAGGAGAAGCAAUCUACCUGACAGUCAAGGCCGACGUAGAUAUAGAAAUGGACACCCCAAUGGGCAAGUUUGCGGUGCGGCAGAUUCCAGCGGAGGGAACGGUACCUGUCAAACCAAUUGGAAAGGAUGGAGACUCAAUCGGCUCCUUGUCUCCCAAAAUUGGAAAUUUGAAAAUUCUUGACACGGGUGCCACGUCCCUCACGCUGCAAGCUGAAGUGAACUUUACCAAUCCCACCAACUACUCUGCGACAGUGCCGUACUUCAACAUCAAUAUCCUUGUGAAUGAUACUAUACUUGGAUCGGCGACUGCCACUAACGUCUUGGUCGUUCCUGGCAACAACACCAACGUCACUAUCACGGCAGUAUAUGAUCCAUUUGGUAAUAGCGGGGAGAAAGGCAAGACUGUCGGCAGAGAGUUACUAUCUCAGUACAUCUCAGGCUACAACACUACCCUGACACUGAAAACUCACAACGGUACUAUCCCCGCGCAACCCGCUCUUGGCUUCGCACUCUCAGCUUUCGGCAUCAACCUCCCAACCCCCUCCCUUAGCAGCCCUAAGAAACCUUCCGACGGCGACGACCCCGAUGAGCCCGAAAACGACGGCCCCCACUUCAUCAAAGACGCCACUAUGCACCUCAUCUCCAGCACCGCCAUCUUUACCCUAGCAUCUCCUCUCUCUACCACUACCCUCUAUAUCACCCACCUCAACGCCACCUCCUUUUACGAGGGCGACCCCGCUGGAAAGAUCCUCUACGAUCUCCCCUUCGCUGUCCCACCGGGGCUAUCGGAGUCUCCCCGUUUGCCUGUAGACUGGAGCAUUGGCGGUGUGGGCUACGACGCCAUCCGCAAAGCGCUGGGUGGGCAGCUGAAGCUUAGCGCAUUCGCAGAGGUGGGCGUCCGUGUUGGCUUGUGGAAUCAGAGGAUUUGGUAUCAGGGGAAGGGAAUUGGGGCGAAUGUGAGGCUUUAG